CGGCGACUUGAAGCUCCGCCUUCUUCUUCUUCUUCUUCCGCUGAGCCUCCUCUCAGGAGAGAGGGAAAAAAACGACGUUUUCUCAGACAAACGGAUGCACCUUCUGCGCAGGCGCAGCAGGAUCGAGGCUGUUUUGGAGGCAAAUCCCUGACCGAUGUCCGUCCCGGAGGAGCGCGCGGUGGCCGCGCUGGAGGCCACAUAAGCGGCGGUCCGGCGGCAGCGCUCCUGCAUGCGGAGCUCCUGCUCCACGCCAGCUCGUGUUGGAGGGCCACACUGGGGGGUCGCAGGCGGCUGUGAGGGGAAGCAGCGUCCCCCCGCUGCCCGCCUCCCUGGAGCAGCAGCAGCACCGCAGACAGCGACCAUGACGCGGCUGCGCAGGAAGGCUCUGGUCGCCCUCUUCCUCUUCACGCUCUUCAUCUUCGGGACCAUGAUGGGGCUCAGGACGCUGAAGCCCAGCGACGGCUUCUCGGACUUGGCUCCCGGCCUGGACUCCAUCGGGGAGAGGUCCGAGAGGAGGCGGCAGGAGGCGGGGGACGUGGGGGUGUCGCCGGGCCACUUCCACGAGGGCGGCAGUGACACGAAGGUGGUUUUCAGCAAAUCCGACCGCGACUACAGCAUUUUCUACGACGUGCACAUCUUCUACUACCUGUGGUACGGUUCUCCCAGCGUGGACAACAAGUACAUCCACUGGGACCAUGUGAUGGUCCCGCACUGGGACCCGAAGAUCGCAGCCAGCCACGCUCAAGGAAAGCACACCCCCCCAGAGGACGUUGCCUCCAGUUUUUACCCUGAACUGGGACCCUACAGCUCCAGGGACCAGAAGGUGCUGGAGUCCCACAUGUCCCAGAUAGAAGCGGCUGCAGCAGGCGUAGUGGUGUUGUCAUGGUAUCCUCCCGGGGUGGCUGACGACCACGGUGAGCCCACCGAGGACCUGGUUCCCGCUGUCAUGGACGCCGCCCACAGACACAGCAUCAAGGUGGCCUUCCACAUUCAGCCGUACAAAGGAAGGACGGACCAGAGCAUGCAUGACAACAUCAGAUACAUCAUCGACAGGUAUGGAAAACAUGCUGCCUUUUACAGAUUCAGGACCAGCACAGGAGAAGUCCUGCCGCUCUUUUACAUCUACGACUCCUACCUGACCCCGUCGGAGUCCUGGGCGGAGCUUCUCACAGCUAAAGGCUCCAGGAGCAUCAGAGGCACGCCAUACGAUGGGAUUUUCCUCGCCCUCAUUGUCGAGGAGCGCCACAAGUAUGACAUUUUGGCCAGCGGCUUCAACGGCGUGUACACCUACUUUGCUUCCAACGGCUUCUCGUUUGGCUCCUCCCACCAGAACUGGAAGGCCAUCAAGGCCUUCUGUGACACAAAUAAUCUACUGUUCAUCCCUAGUGUGGGUCCAGGUUACAUCGACACCGCCGUGCGUCCGUGGAACAACCACAACACCCGAAACCGGGUCAACGGGCGUUACUAUGAGACGUCCUUGCAGGCCGCCCUGUCCAUCAGGCCAGAAAUAGUCACCAUCACGUCCUUCAACCAAUGGCACGAAGGCACGCAGAUAGAAAGGGCCGUGCCCAAGAAAACAGUCACACGUUUGUAUCUGGACUACCAGCCGAACCAGCCAGACCACUUCCUGCAGCUCACCCGGCAGUGGGCCGAGACUUUCAACAAAGAGAAGGACAAGUGGCUGAUGUGAGCCUCAGUCUCUGAGAAAACCUCUUCUUUCCGUGACCAAUAGGUCAAAAGCUACUUCGCUGCAGCCAGUCGUCUUUUCCUGAUUGCAUUAUGAUGGUUAGAAGAAGUCCAGUUUCUCCAGGUUCUAAUUUUCCCCUGAUGAUGAGGACACUCUAUGGAGAAAUAUUCUUUUUAAUUAUUUUGCAGUUGUUAAAUGAUCUCCACACAUGUAGAUAUGUUUUACAAACAAAAUUUGUGGAUCUGUUAAAAACUUUGAGAAUCAUUUGGUGAUUUUGUAAUACGGUUUAGUCUUUGUGUAAACACACAUACAGCGAUACAUUGGUUUUGCUCACGUAGAAAAAAAAGCCUUUCCUGUCUUCAGACAUUUUUACAUGUCCUCAUAACAGCAUAUAAACACCCACAAGAGUGUUUUCUUUGGAGGGGUGGGGCUUACAAACAUAAACUUAAGUCCCAUUUUCUGACUUUUGACAGGAAUAUUUCAUCUGAAUAGAUCAAAUACUCAACACAUUUCUCCAGUCAGCAGCCAGUCGGUGUAUCACCUCUCACUAGAUUACAAAAUGUUACUCUAUUUAAUGUAAAUGAGUGUUUUUCCAUUUGUUUCUUGUGUUAUGUAGCUAAAAACUAGGAGAAAUUCUUGAACUUUUAGCUACCAAAGCAAGUUUAACAGAUUUCUUUUAUUUUGUUUGGGAUAAUCCUGACCACACCAUGCUUUUGCUGUCUGUGUUUCAAAUAGUUUUGGAUUUUCUGCUCCAAGUAUAAAUCAGUCUCCGUAAAGAUGAUCUGAACAAUGAGAUGAAACGGUGAGCAGGGCAAACACUGGGGAGACUUUUCUGUCAUUUAGAACCUCAAAGUUCAUCCUCAGCCACUUGCUUUGUUUUUCAGCACUUCUUUUUAAAUUCAUUUAUUUUAAAUUUGUAUAUGUUUCCAACUUUUCUGUCUGUUUUUUUCUAUAAAUUGAAAUAAACUUUGAUUCAAUCCAGGUAAAGACA